AAGGUCGGUCCAUGAAUCCUUUCAUUCUAUGUUUGUUUUAUAAUAAUGCUUAAAUAUUAAUAAAUAAAAAACUUAGAGUGUAAUUGUGUAAAAAAAUAAUUAAUAAAUCAUGACGAUAAUAUCAAUUUUUAGUCGACCUUUUAAUUUAAAUCGAUUGUCACAAUUAAACACUUGUAUUUACAAGAAAAAUGUUAGAUUUUGGGCAUCUCAUGCAAAAUUUGCUGAGCAUAAACCUAUUGAAAAAAUUAGGAAUAUUGGAAUAUCUGCUCACAUUGAUUCUGGUAAAACAACAUUAACAGAACGUAUAUUGUAUUAUACUGGACGCAUAGAAGAAAUGCAUGAAGUAAGGGGUAGAGAUAAUGUCGGUGCUACAAUGGAUAGUAUGGAAUUAGAAAGACAAAGAGGCAUAACAAUUCAAUCUGCUGCGACAUAUACAUUAUGGAAGGAUCAUAAUAUCAAUAUAAUUGAUACACCUGGGCAUGUAGACUUUACCGUAGAAGUGGAAAGAGCUUUACGUGUUUUGGAUGGCGCAAUAUUGGUUUUAUGUGCCGUAGGUGGUGUUCAGUCACAAACUCUUACUGUUAAUCGUCAAAUGCAUAGGUAUAAUGUACCUUGCUUAGCAUUUAUAAAUAAAUUAGACAGAAUGGGUGCUAAUCCGGUAAGAGUAUUGGAACAAAUGAGAACUAAACUGAGACAUAACACAGCUUUUAUUCAAUUACCUAUUGGUUUAGAAAGCAAUUGUAAAGGAAUAAUAGAUUUAGUUUCUCAAAAGGCGUUAUAUUUCGAAGGCAAUUUUGGAGAAAUUGUGAGGGAAGAUGAUAUUCCAAAGGAUAUGAAAGUUGAGGCAGAUGAUAGAAGAGCAGAAUUAAUAGAACAUUUGAGCAAUGUUGAUGAUAAUCUUGGUGAAUUAUUCUUAAAUGAAAUAAAACCAACAGAAAAAGAUUUAAAAGAUGCGAUAAGAAGAUCCUGUUUAAAAAGAAAAUUUACACCUAUUCUUGUUGGAACUGCUUUAAAAAAUAAGGGAGUCCAGCCAUUAUUAGACGCGGUUCUUGAUUAUUUACCUAAUCCAGGAGAAGUUGAAAAUUUGGCUUUUGAUGAGAGUUCUGGGGAUGAAAGUAAGAAAAUUGUAUUAAAUCCAACGCGCUCCAAUAAGUACCCCUUUGUUGGUUUAGCUUUUAAAUUAGAAAUUGGAAAAUUUGGUCAAUUAACAUAUUUUCGAUGUUAUCAAGGAAUGUUAAAGAAAACAGAUAUUAUUUAUAAUAGCAGAACAAAGAAAAAGGUGCGUGUAGCCAAAUUGGUUCGUCUUCAUUCGAACCAAAUGGAAGACGUCGAUACAAUUUAUGCCGGAGAUAUUUUUGCAUUAUUUGGCGUAGAUUGUGCAUCUGGUGAUUCCUUCACUAUCAAUCCAAAGUUACAAUUAUCUUUAGAAUCAAUUCAUGUAGCUGACCCUGUUGUGUCUAUGUCAAUUCAAGUAAAAAAUAACAAAGAUCGUGAUAAAUUUUCAAAAGGUAUAGCAAGAUUUACGAAGGAAGAUCCGACAUUCCACUUUUACUAUGAUGCGGAUAGUAAGGAAAAUAUAGUUUCUGGAAUGGGUGAACUUCAUUUAGAAAUCUAUUCUCAAAGAUUAGAACGUGAAUAUAAUUGUCAAGUUUUACUUGGAAAACCUAAAGUUGCGUUCCGUGAAACAUUAAAAACGCCAUUUAACUUUGAUUACCUUCAUAAGAAGCAAUCAGGUGGACAAGGCCAAUAUGGGCGCGUUAUUGGUAUUUUGGAGCCAUUGCCUCCUGAACAUAAUACUGAACUCAUAUUUUCGGAUGAAACCGUUGGAAUGAAUAUUUCCAAGCAGUAUAUACCUGGUGUUGAAAAAGGUUUUAGAAUAAUGUGUCAAAAAGGAUAUCUUAGUGGACAUAAAUUGGCUGGUUUGAAAUUUAGAUUGCUUGAUGGUAUGCAGCAUUGCGUCGAUUCUUCUGAUUAUGCUUUCAAUCUAGCAGCUCAAGGAGCUAUGAGAGAUGCGUUUACACAAGGUUUAUGGUAUAUUUUAGAACCUAUCAUGUUAGUAGAAAUAGUAGCACCCGAAGAAUUCCAGGGUACAAUAAUAGGACAAGUUAAUAAAAAGCGAGGUAUUAUAAUAAAUACAGACGUUAAUGAAGGAUGGUUUACUAUUAAUGCAGAAAUACCACUCAACGAUAUGUUCGGUUACAUAAAAGAAUUACGAAGUUCUACUGAAGGCAAAGGUGAAUUUAGUAUGGAAUAUUCAAGAUACAGUCCAUGUUCAUCAGAUUUACAGCAACAAUUAAUUACUGAACAUCAACAAUCAUUAGAAUUAGAAAGGCAUCAAAAACAAAAUUAGAUGACAAAAAAUUACACACACAUUAGGAUAUAAUAAUAAUUGAACGUAACAUG